GAAAGUUUGACAAGCGACAAAUGAUGCUCUGCCAAAGGCUUGUUGACUGUUAACAGUUGUCAGUGAAGAAGGUGGUGUGAACUAUGGAGAAUGUGCCAGAGGCAGAAGUGAAGUCAUUUGCUGAGGGAUGGGUUGUGUGUAGAUGUAUAUGAAUGUGAUCCAAGUGUUUGUGAGGACUCAAGAACAAGAUGACUGACACCGUCCGCCUGGUGACAGCGGGAAUGAUGAGGGGCUUCAGAGACUCUAUUCUAGGCACUCUCAAGGUCUAUAAAAUGGAUCAAGAACCAGACAGUUCUAUGACCAAAAAGCCAGUGGAGCCUCAGACUGUUCUGGCUCAGAGACGAGCUGAGAGAAUGAAGCACAAAGAUUCACGGAAAGAAAGUGAACCCAAGGUGACCCAUAGGAUUAUGCAGUGCUGUGCAUGGAAUGGCGGUGUAUGCUGGCUGAGCAUUAUCCUUUUCAACAACUUACUUCUUCCAUGUCUGCAGUGGUUCACUGAAAGUUUAUUUGGGGGCUCAGGCUCUCACAGUGUUGUAUGGUCAUGGAUAGGCCCUAUUUUAUCCUGGACAUUCAGUGCACUGUGGAUUCUUCCAUUAUUUGUCCUUAGCAAGAUUGUCAAUAGCUUCUGGUUUCAGGAUAUAGCUGAUGCUGCGUACAGAAAGUCAAGAGGUCGCCCUCAGUUACCCAGUAUAAGCAAAGUUAUCGCUGACUUGUUGUUCAGUGUGCUGCUGCAGUCACUCUUCCUAAUUCAGGGCAUGUUGGCGAGUUUCCUGCCCAUCCACGGGAUAGGUCAGCUUGUGAGCCUCCUCCACAUGUGUCUACUCUACUCCCUCUAUGCGUUUGAGUAUAAGUGGUUUAAUAUGGGCUGGGAAGUUCACAGACGGCUGACCUAUAUUGAGUGUAACUGGCCCUACUUUGUUGGUUUUGGCCUCCCGUUGGCGCUCCUCACCGCUCUUCCUCCCUCGCUCGUUAUCAGUGGCUGUGUGUUCUCUAUUCUUUUCCCAUUGUUCAUCAUCAGUGCAAAUGAAGCACCCCCAAUUGUGGAUAACAUUGAUUUCCCUUUGCGACUGUUUUCUCCAGUAGUUGGCAUGAGCAAUACCAUUUUUCACAAAUCAGUUGCUAAGGGGACGUCAGCGCCAUCUAGUGGAGGACCAGGGACACCGUCCUCAGCGAGACAAGUCAGAGUGUCAUCUGAGCCAGGAUGAUAUUUACUGACAGCAGACUUUUUAAAAAUUAAAUAAAUUAUUGUAAGCAUCGUGAGUUAUUAUUAAAGCUCGUGUCAGCCUCAAUAUUUUGACUUUCAUAAAAUGUUUUAAAAAUUUUUACGGUAGUGUUUCGAUAUACGCUGGCAAGUGUGAAGUCAACAUGGAUUGUAAAUGUUUUACUAUCUAUACAAAAUCGCGUAAAGAAUAAAGUGUACCAACUGGUUUGACAUUUGGA